CAUUUCGUUGACGUUUGCCUGCGACGUGUAGUGGUUUCUUCGUGGACGUGGAUUUCAGAAAGCAGAAAGUGGUCCAAAAGUGCAGAAGUGGCUUCGGUUUCGUGCGCUGGACAUUCACUAAUUUCACCUGUGCGUGGCAGACGGACUUGAAGUGCUGCUUAAUUAAACCUUUCCCCGUUGGUGAACCGACAACAACACAUUUAAAAUGCCUGCCCCAGCCAGCUCCACGUCCGUCGGCAGCGGAAGCCGUUCCCCGACGAAGCCAUCGUCGGCACCCCGGGCCAGCGGCGCCGGAGGUUCGAGCAAUCUGAAGCAGCGCAAGACCACCACAACGGCGACCGCCGCCCGGAAUCGCACCACCGGAACCGGAUCCGGUGGCAUGUGGCGCUUCUACACCGACGAUUCCCCCGGCAUCAAGGUCGGCCCGGUUCCAGUGCUGGUGAUGUCUCUGCUGUUCAUCGCGUCCGUGUUUAUGCUGCACAUCUGGGGCAAGUACACUCGCUCUUAAACGAGCCACCGAAAGACUAGGAAGAUUACAAGCAUCCUUUAUUUAAAACGAGUUGGUUCGCCAACAAUUCUGCAUUCGCCGUAUCAUAAUUCUUAAUGUUAGGCUAUUUUUUUCUUCCACCUUACUUGAAACAAAAAAAUAUGAACAUGCCCGGGGUGCAUUUGACACGUUUUGCGUUUUUUAUGUUAUUUUUUUUUCUCUACAUCUUUCUGUGCGUGUGUACCGGGAAAAGAUAUUCUUUUCCUAGUGGGAUACAAAAAGAAACAAUGAGCCCCAUACGUUUGCUAAGUUUUAGCUUCAGUGAACUAUGUAAUAAGUAAUUGAGAUGAGAUAUCCUUAUUUGUACGAAAAAUAUAUUAUGGUAAACAA